AUGGCGCCCGUGUAUAAAGUUGCAGUGAUUCAAAUGCAUUCGGAGAUUCUCCGAGUACAAGCCAACUUCGACAAGGCCGUCGGUCUCAUUCGGGCUGCAGCCAACCAGGGUGCUCAACUAGCCGUCCUCCCCGAAUAUCAUUUAACGGGAUGGGCGCCCGAGGAUCCAACCUUUAAGCCUGCCUGCGGCUCCUGGAAUACCUACCUAGAUCAAUACUGCGAGCUAGCAAAAGAAUGCAACAUCAAUAUCGUUCCUGGCACGCUAGUUGAACUUCACGACGCGGGCAGUGAAUCCGAGAGGCUGCUGAAUGCUGCAUACUUUAUCACGGACAAAGGGAAAAUAGUGGGAAAAUAUGCCAAGAAGAAUCUCUGGGGUCCAGUUGAACGGGCUCACCUCACGGGCAGUGCGCGCGAGCCUCACCAGGUAUUCGACACGCCGUUAGGCAAGGUUGGACUUCUGAUCUGCUGGGAUCUGGCGUUUCCAGAAGCCUUCCGCGAGUUGAUCGCGCAGGGGGCGAAGCUGAUUAUUAUCCCGUCAUUCUGGCUACUUAACGAGACUAGUGAGGAAGGCAGAGUCAUAAAUCCGCUCGCGGAGAAACUGUUCAUCGACUCGCUCCUGACUGGCCGGUGCUUCGAGAAUACAUGUGGGAUUAUUUAUGCCAAUGCCGGGGGUCCUCCUGCUCGGUCAUUUAUCGGUCUUUCACAGGUCUGUGUUCCGUUUGCUGGCCCGUUGGCACGGCUUGACUGUGCAGAGGGUAUGUUGGUCGUUGAUCUGGAUAUGGGAAUUAUCGAAGAAGGGGAGAGCUCAUACAAGAUUCGGGCAGAUCUUGCGCGGGAAGAUUGGCAUUAUGACUAUCGGCAUACGCUUGCUAAGUGA